AGAGGAAUACGCUCUGGAAACCACUACUUAGAAAGGGAAAAGACCAGGGGAUUUUGAUAGGCACACUAUGAGGAUCUUAAUUUUUGUCUUUACACUGAGCAUUUUCUCAUGUUCAGGGAUUCCAGUGUAUGACUAUGAACUGCCUGUCACAGAAGAGGCUCUCAAUGCUUCCAUUGCAAGAAUCAAUUCUCAGUCACGGGGGCCAAACUUGUACGGUGUUGUCAGGAGCCAUGUUAGAAGUGUUGACAUGUGGAACAGCAAUGAUUACAAACUAGUGCUGCAGUUCAGUAUCCGUGAAACCGUAUGCACAAAAGUUUCAGGGAGAGACCCAUUCACAUGUGAUUUCAAAAUAGGGCCUUUUGUGCCAACUGCUUUCUGCAGAAGUGUUGUGGUAGUCUCUGAAGAGCAGAUCGUGAACAUGGUUGUCCAGUGCCAUCAGGACAUGUCCAGCUCGGAAUCGAUAAGCAGUGAGGAGAUGAUGCAUAUGCAGAUAAUGAACCCCAACAGGCUAGGCAGCGGUCACAGUGAAGGUCUCUUUGCUCCUGAAGCCUUCCCUUCAAGUAGAAGAGGUAACAGCCACGGACACUGGCACAAACGCAGCUAUAUCAGCUCUGACAAGACUGAAUAACACAAUUUGGUAGACUGGAGAAUAAGAAGAACCAAGAUUCAAAGAUCCAGCACAUGAAGAAGGGACCUGAUGCAAUUUCCUUUGCCUUUUCAGCAAAAGCUACCAUGUAAUGAAGUGGCAGUCUUCCCCCAAACUCACUUCCUGUUUUAAUGUCAGAAGUCCAUUGGAUGAGCUCCUAAGAUGCUAAAUGUGUGCAACUGUCAGUCAAUAGCAUUCUGAUAUGUUAAAAUUCAUUAGGAGAACUGUCUCAUACACCUAGCAUAACUGUAUCCAGUAUCAUCUCAUAAUGAUGCUAUUAAAGGAUGAUUAUUCCAUCUGUGCUCUGGGUUGCUCCCUGGUUGCUUGGUUGCUUGUAAUUUUCUGUAAUGCUUGUAGCUAAGUUUUGAAUCAUUCAGACUAAUAAAGGCACUUAAUUCCUUUUUCUCUGGAGAGCAAUAGCUGUGGAUAAAGAGUCUGGCAACAGAUCCAAAGGCAUGAGUUUUAGUUGACCUGGAAUCUAGCUUUAUAUGGGCACCUAACCACGAACAUGGGCAGGUGGGGGAAGCUAGAUCAAAAGCUAGAUCAAAAAUCCUUUUGCUCACAUGCUAAUGGCUCUCAGAACAAGGCCGUGUUAGCCCUGCAGACUUGAGGCAUGUGAACAGAUGACUGAUGCAUUCUUUUCCUGGGAGGUAUUAUGGAGGGUUCUGGUGUCCAUACCAAAAUAUGUGGGAGGAUGUAUAUUUUCCAGUCGUGUGUCUUCCAUAACUUCGGUAAGCAAAUUUGGAUGGGUCAGGUAUAAGCUAUUUGUUGUCUCUCAAACAGUGCGGUGCAAUCUGAGGUUCUAAAUUUGCAUGAGACAGGAAUGGAAUAAAGUUCAAGUAUGUAAUCAG